AUGAAGCUCGAAGUCACAAUUAAUGGUGAAGCCGAAGCGGCGGCGAAAGGUGGACGAUCUGGAGGUGACGGCGACGGCGGUGGACGGUCUGGAGGUGACGGCGACAGCCGUGGACGAUCUGAAGGUGGCGGCGGCGGUGGACGGUUUUGGUCUGGGUUGUGGGUUGAAGAUCUAGGGUUAGAGGAGAGAGAUGGGGGUUGGGGAAGUGAAGGGGGGAAAGGAAUGGGAAAGUGUAGGGGGGGGUGGGGAAUGAGUGUAGAAGGUUUUGGGGUGAACCCAAUAAUGAAAAAAGGUAAAGGGAAUGAAGAAAUAGGCCUAACAAACAACAACAAAGGGAAUGAUAUCCUCCCAUUCCCAUUCCUUUUGAUUACUACCCCCAACCAAACGCCCCCUAAAUAA